AUGAUCCCCCCGGAGGAGGCGGCGGCGGCGGCCGGAGCGGCCGGGCCCGGGGCCGGGACACCCCCGGAGCGAGCGCGGGGCCGGACGCGGGGCCUGCUGCGGGACAUCCGUACCCCGGUGCGCCGGGAGCCCUUCCAGGAGCGCUACGGCCUGAGCCCGGGCCGCGAGCUGGGCAGAGGCAAAUUUGCAGUGGUAAGGAAGUGUGUCAAGAAAGAUUCUGGGAAAGAAUUUGCAGCAAAGUUCAUGAGAAAAAGAAGAAAAGGCCAAGAGUGCCGGAUGGAAAUAAUUCAUGAGAUUGCAGUCCUUGAACUAACCCAGGACAAUCAGAGGGUCAUCAACUUACAUGAAGUCUAUGAAACCUCAUCAGAAAUGAUCUUAGUGCUGGAAUAUGCUGCUGGAGGCGAGAUUUUUGACCAGUGUGUAGCUGAGAGAGAAGACGCCUUUAAAGAGAAGGAUGUGCAGAGACUCAUGAGGCAGAUUGUAGAAGGCGUUUCCUUUUUGCAUGCCCACAACGUGGUUCAUCUUGAUUUGAAGCCCCAGAAUAUUCUCCUGACAAGUGAAUGUCCAUUGGGUGAUAUUAAAAUUGUUGAUUUUGGCCUCUCGAGAAUGAUGGAGAGCAGUGAGGAGCUCAGAGAAAUUAUGGGAACACCGGAAUAUGUGGCCCCAGAAAUCCUUAGCUAUGAUCCCAUCAGCACGGCAACUGACAUGUGGAGUAUUGGGGUCUUGGCUUACGUCAUGCUGACGGGGAUCUCUCCUUUCCUGGGGGACAAUAAACAAGAGACUUUCCUGAAUAUCUCCCAGAUGAAUAUCAGUUACUCAGAGGAGGAGUUUGAGGCUGUGUCAGAGGCAGCCGUCGACUUCAUCAAAGCUCUCUUAGUUAAGAAGCCCGCGGAUCGGGCCACCGCCGAGGAAUGUCUGAGACAUCCCUGGCUAGCACCAGACAGCAGCCCAGAGCCUCCCUUCCGGGGCAAGAGUUUAAUGGAAGAGCCCAGCAGCGCCCAGGAAGAGGAAGCUUCUGUGCCCGAGCCGCCGGCCGAGGCCGAGAAGCCAGAAACGGAAGAGCUGAUUGUGGUGGCUUCCUAUACAUUGGGGCCCUGCCGCCAAUCGGAGAAGGAGAAGAGGGAUCCCAAGGCUAUCUCCAAGCGGUUCAAAUUCGAGGAACUGCCGCUGCUUCAGGAAAUGCCCGGAGACUUCAUCUACUGAGCAGGGUCUGAGGUUUAGGGAUCCUUUCAGAAACACCUGUGUCACUUAUAGACCUGCGCCCAGAUGUCCAGUGUCCUGAGGAGGGGUCUCCUAAGCCCAGAGGGCAGUCAAGUGAAGCUUGGGGCGGCUGUGCCGGCGACUGGACCAUGCUCAGCGAGCGGAGGUGUCCGCUCACUGAGUCUGUCGCAGGGGGCUGGUGUUUGCACUUUUGUUUUUAAUAGACUUGUCCUGCUCUUUCUCCCAAAGACUCUGUACAAAAGCAUUUGUUUUCUAGGGGAGCGUCUGGUGCCUCAGACACGUGCGCCGCCCAUAGGCAUUGCUCUGGGCUUGAGGGAGUCCAUUUCAGUUUAGACCUGUCUUAGGACCUUAAUCUGAUGUAAAGGCGCCAGGCCUUCAUUGGGUCCUUUUUCUGAGAGUUAGAGCGGUGGCCAGUUGGGUUUGGGGGGGCUGCUCCUAGUUUGUUUUUUCCUGCAGUCAGACUGUUUCAAUGAGGAACCCUGCUGAGAUUUUUUCCCUUCCUCCUUGGCCAGGUCGGGUGGCAGUUCCACUCUGGGUUGAGAGACAGGGUUGAUGCUGUUGUCUCGGGAGGCCCACAGCGUCGCUCUCCUCGCCUCGCCUCGCCUCCCUUCCCCUCAGACAAACCAAAGCGCAUCUUCCCUAAAGCUGCCAGUCGUGGGUUAGAGGAUGUCCCUGGGUAGGGGGUCAGUAUGAUCUGAUCAGCAUGGGGUGGCGGUCAGUGAGAAGACCCUGCUGUUGUUUUCUGAGAGGGGGGAAGGGAAGGUGUGGCUGCCCAGGGUGCUCAGACCCGCUUUGCUUUGCCUCUAGACACUUUCCCCGUUGCAGGUGGUGUCAGUGGAGAGGUGGCUUACUCUGAAAGGACUUUUUGUUUUUCAGAUGAUCCCAAACUUUAAACUGAUUAAAGUUGAAUGUAUAUUUGUGUUAAAACCAAGGUCAGUUUCCUACAACGCAUUAGAAAUGCUAAAGAAAAGAAGCAGAAUCCCCUGUUUUCAGCUGUUUGUUCUUGGGCCUCCCGUCCUCUGGCAACCCUGAAAGUUAGGAUCAUUCCCACUGUCUGGAACCUCAGUAUUAUGGAGUCUUCCCAGUGUUUUCUUUCCUCUUUAAUUUAUUUUUAAAUCUGUUGAUUUGUCAGGCUUCUUAGAAUGUUUCCGAUGUAAUUUGACUGAAUUGGCCAGUGUAGACAGCUGGUGUGACUGAGUGAAUGGGUCCUGUUGGGUUCCAUCUACGUGCAGCUUCCUUGAUUGGAGCCUGUGAUCCGGUAAAUUCCCCAGAAGGGAGAAGGUGGGGGCUGGGGGCGCCUCGAGUAGGAGAGAGAGCCCAGCAUCUGUCAGCAUCCUGUAAAAUGCUACCAUUGCCGACCCACUCUUUAAUAAUGCUUGUAUGCAAAUCAUGAAUUUCUCAGACUUUUGAAGUGACCGCACCUCUGUGGUAUCAGGUACCCGGCGUUCAGACCUUCCCCCCUGUUGUUGAAUAAACAUCGAAUUUGCUACAAGGCCAGCUUUUAAACUGGCUACUUCAAAACGGCUGCCUUGCAAUUGGAAAUGUUCUCUAUUUUGUUACUAUUUUGUGCCUUAAAAGUUUGGGUUUUUGUAAGUACUUUUGAGUCAUUCAUAAUUUGUAUAAAGUUAUUAAAGUUUAUUGGUUUGUAAGUUA